CGGCCUCCGAGCUCCAUGGCGGCGCCCCCAGCCUCCGCGGACGCGCCCCGCUCGCCGCCGCCGCCGCCGCCGCCCCGCGGAGACGGGCCCGACCGGCCGGCGGACAGGAGCGAGCCCGCGCGCGAGGACUGCAGCAAUGCGGAAUCCUUGGACAGGCUCCUCCCACCCGUGGGUGCCAGGCGCUCACCCCGGAAGCGCACCACCAGCCAGUGCAAGUCUGAGCCCCCCCUGCUGCGCACCAGCAAGCGGACCAUCUACACGGCCGGGCGGCCGCCCUGGUACAACGAGCACGGCACGCAGUCCAAGGAGGCCUUUGCCAUUGGCCUGGGCGGUGGCAGCGCCUCGGGGAAGACCACCGUGGCCCGGAUGAUCAUCGAGGCCCUGGACGUGCCCUGGGUGGUCCUGCUGUCCAUGGACUCCUUCUACAAGGUGCUCACCACGCAGCAGCAGGAGCAGGCCGCCCACAACAACUUCAACUUUGACCACCCAGACGCCUUUGACUUUGACCUCAUCGUGUCCACUCUCAAGAAGCUGAAACAGGGCAAGAGCGUGAAGGUGCCCGUCUACGACUUCACCACGCACAGCCGGAAGAAGGACUGGAAAACCCUCUACGGUGCAAACGUCAUCAUCUUCGAGGGCAUCAUGGCCUUUGCUGACAAGACGUUGCUGGAGCUCCUGGACAUGAAGAUCUUCGUGGACACAGACUCUGAUAUCCGCCUUGUGCGGCGGCUGCGUCGGGACAUUAGUGAGCGAGGCCGAGACAUCGAGGGUGUCAUCAAACAAUAUAACAAGUUUGUCAAACCUGCAUUCGACCAGUACAUCCAGCCCACCAUGCGCGUGGCGGACAUCGUGGUGCCUUGGGGGAGCGGGAACACGGUGGCCAUCGACUUGAUCGUGCAGCACAUGCACAGCCAGCUGGAGGAGCGUGAGCUCAGUGUCAGGGCCGCGCUGGCCUCGGCGCACCAGUGCCACCCCCUGCCCCGGACGCUGAGUGUCCUCAAGAGCACGCCGCAGGUGCGGGGCAUGCACACCAUCAUCAGGGACAAGGAGACCAGCCGCGACGAGUUCAUCUUCUACUCCAAGAGGCUGAUGCGGCUGCUCAUCGAGCACGCGCUCUCCUUCCUGCCCUUCCAGGACUGCGUCGUGCAGACCCCGCAGGGGCAGGACUACGCGGGCAAGUGCUACGCGGGGAAGCAGAUCACGGGCGUGUCUAUCCUGCGUGCGGGUGAGACCAUGGAGCCGGCGCUGCGGGCCGUGUGCAAAGACGUGCGCAUCGGCACGAUCCUCAUCCAGACCAACCAGCACACCGGGGAGCCCGAGCUCCACUACCUGCGGCUGCCCAAGGACAUCAGCGACGACCACGUGAUCCUGAUGGACUGCACCGUGUCCACGGGCGCUGCGGCCAUGAUGGCGGUGCGCGUGCUGCUGGACCAUGACGUGCCUGAGGACAAGAUCUUCCUGCUGUCGCUGCUCAUGGCGGAGAUGGGCGUCCACUCGGUGGCCUACGCGUUCCCGCGAGUGCGGAUCAUCACCACGGCCGUGGACAAGCGCGUCAACGACCUGUUCCGCAUCAUCCCGGGCAUCGGUAACUUCGGUGACCGCUACUUUGGGACGGACGCGGCGCCCGACGGCAGCGACGAGGAGGAGGCGGCGUGCACCAGCUAGCCCCCGCGCGCCUCCGGCCUCGCCCACCCAGACGUCCUUGCUUAACUGAAAAGGAUGUUCACGCUGUACCUGCCCUACACAUUUUAUAAAGUUUAGGAAAACGA